CCGCCCUUCUGACAAGAUAAAGGAUGUGUGCUCUCUCUCUACCUUCGCACUUGUGAUCUGCUCUCUACAGCCAUUGUCUGUACCUCAUAAGUGCCCGGAAUAUUCUGGAGAACAGUCGGCGCCUCUCUCGGAGGAAGUUGGAAGAGGAAUCACGUUAGGAGAUAUCCACUAUGAGCAGGGUUGGGGCCGCGUUCAGGGCCCACCCGUACAUCAGCAACGUGGUGGGCUACACAGCGCUGUUCGCUUCAGCCGACCUCUUCCAACAGCGCGUGCUGGGGCGGCGAGACGCGUCGCGGGCCCCCGCCGCCGCCCCCGUGGACUGGCGCCAGACGGCCCGAGUGGCCACCGUGGGCUUCUGUUUCCACGCCAACUUCAACUACCAGUGGCUGCGCUGGCUGGAGAGGGUGCUGCCGGGGGGCGGGGUCAGGGCCGUGACGGGCAAGGUGGUGCUGGACCAGCUGGUGGGGGCACCGCUCACCAUCACUGCCUUUUAUAUUGGUUUGAGUUUACUAGAAAACAAUGAUGAUCUGCUCGCAGACUGGAAGGAAAAAUUCUGGCCAUCUUACAAGACUGGCGUGGUGUUCUGGUCAACAAUGCAGUGGCUCGGACCGUGUUCCUCGGAGGCGUCGCGCUCGUUUUCACCAUUUACUUGUGUCAUCUCAGGGAGCAGAAGGGCCGCAAACUUGAAUGAACUUCAAACAGCAUUUGUACUCAGUGAUCAUGCAACUACUGUACUUUUUUUUUUUUUUUUGCUAAUGAUUUCUAAUUCUAAUUUACAAGGAUAUUAAUGUGUUUGUCAUAACACAGUAUGUGAUUAAAGCUAAAAUGUCUUGGGUGAGGAUUAUUUUCCAUUUUUGUCUUAAAGAAGCAACUGUAUACAAAUAAGCAUCACAAUAACGCGAGUAACAUUCUAAUAUUAUCUAUAUUAAUUUUAAAAAAUAAUGUGUAUGGUGUGGUUGACCUUCACUGUGUUUAGCUUUUGUUUUGAUUUAGCGCUGCAGAAAUAAAAUUGACUUAAUAUGAGUAGGUGUAAUUUAAGAGGUUGUUGCCAAUAAUAACUGUUUGAUGUAAAAGCUAAAAAUGUUUACAUGUG